AUUGAGCGAUCAUUUAGGGUCUCGUAGACAUACGUUAAGUCUCCUUUGUAAUAUAGCAUGCCUGGUAUAGAGGAGUACUAUUUUUAUAUGUACGUGUACACAAUUAAACAGGGUAUGUAUGCACCAAACGAUACCGUUCUCUCGCGGUACUGUUCCUCAGCCUCACGAAACGACGUCGCAUGAUGAUCCCGGUAUCGACCUCCUUCUGAAUCCAUUUUCGCUAGGGUUUCUACUCUGAAUUCCAUCCGAUCUCCAUGAAAGGUCGAGAUGGAGAAAACGCGCAAAGGCCUCACACCAAGAUAGCUCUGACCUCGCUCUCGGCCAUGGUGGCCGAGACCACCACUUUCCCGAUCGAUAUUACCAAGACGAGGCUUCAGCUCCACCGCGAACCACUGUCCUCCUCCGCGUUCCGAGUCGCCGCCGAGAUCGUACGCGGCGAAGGCCUUCUCGGCCUAUACAAGGGCUUGUCUCCGGCAAUUGUCAGACACCUCUUCUACACCCCCAUCCGAAUCGUCGGUUACGAACAUCUCCGGAAUGCUCUUGCCCCCACUGGCACUUCACUUUCUCUCUCUAGUAAGGCACUCAUUGGUGGCAUUUCCGGUGUCAUCGCUCAGGUAGUCGUGAGCCCUGCUGAUCUUGUGAAGGUCAGGAUGCAAGCAGAUGGUCGUUUGGUGAGCCAAGGCCUCCAACCUAGGUACUCUGGGGCUCUCGAUGCUUUAAAGAAGAUCAUUGGCACAGAAGGCUUUGGAGGACUCUAUAAAGGGGUUUUACCAAAUGUUCAAAGAGCAUUUUUAGUGAACAUGGGAGAAUUAGCUUGCUAUGAUCAUGCCAAACGUUUUAUUAUCCAAAAUAAGAUAUCUUCUGACAAUAUUUAUGCCCACACAUUGGCCUCUAUCAUGUCAGGUCUUUCUGCAACUGCUUUGAGUUGUCCGGCUGAUGUGGUGAAGACGAGAAUGAUGAAUCAGAUGGUGAGCGAUGAAGGUAACGUUAAAUAUAGGAACUCUUAUGAUUGUCUAGUGAAGACUGUUAGAGUCGAAGGGUUAAGAGCACUGUGGAAGGGUUUCUUUCCUACAUGGGCAAGACUUGGCCCUUGGCAAUUUGUGUUCUGGGUGUCUUACGAGAAGUUUCGACAAAUUGCCGGGCUUUCUUCCUUCUGAUGAAUUCAUUGAUCAUUGCUCAACUUUCAAGAUGGCAAUAAAUUAAUGAUAGUUCACUGCUAUUCAUCAUUUUCCUUCUCGAGCUUCAAAUAUGAAUGCAUUGAUCCUCCUUUUAUGUAACAAUUUCUUGAAAGUUACGUUCGGUAACAUGAAAUUGGGGUCCUUUGGAAUUGGAGAAAAUUUUGUUUUUUAAAGUAUUUGUUUUCGUGCAAAAUAAGUAAGUCUGCGAAAAAAAAAAUCUUACUGUGGUAAAUUUCAGAAUAAUGUACAGAGCGGAAGGCUUCUUUCAUAAAUGGGGUUGCUGGACUGUGUUUGAACAUUGAAGAUUAUUUUCUGAUGAUGUGAAUUUGACAACCUUGAAUAUGUCUGUGACUUUGUAGACAGUCAAAGUCAAGAAUUGGGCCGGAUAAUUGGGUUCUCAAGGCUCAUUCUGUGUGGGCUGGACUUGGAUUGAACUAUUGGGCAGAUCAGUUCCCAACAGAUUUUGUUUCAAAUUAAUUAUUUGUUGAGCAAAUAAAGCCCAUUACUCUGUCGAGAUCAAUUCUGUGAGGGGCACUCAGAGUGGGAGCCAAAAAUAGACAUGAAUAUGAAGAGUGAGGCAAAAAGUGGUGGUUCCUGGAAAGCUAUCGGUACAUCCCAUGAAGGGAUAACCAUUCAGUUAACAAGGCCAAAAGUGGUGGUUCCGAGUUUGGAAAGCUACCGGUACAUCCCAUGAAGGGAUAACCAUUCGGUUAACAAGGCCAACAGUGGUGGUUCCAAGUCCGGAAAGCUACCGGUACAUCCCGUGAAGGGAUCAUCAUUCAGUUAACUUCCGAACAUUGGACGCAGAUCUAAUUUUUAGUUUUUACUUGUACAAAAUGGUUAGCGUAAGAUAUAGUAGACACGUGUUUGACAUGGUUAGAAGUGUACUAAAAUUUAUAUAUAUAUUAGUUGGACACGAAAAUAUAUCCUAAAACGAGGAUAUAAAACUAAACCAACUCGUAUCCAUCUCUAAGCUCCAAAUUAGUGAUUACAUCCAUAAUAAUGUGAUAAU